GGGGAGCAGGGCAGGGGGGGAGGGGGGUUGGGGUGAGCUAGGCUCCGUUCAGGGAAGAAACUUUGAGGCAAAUAUAAACCCAGUGAAUCAGCAGGUCAACGGAGAGGCAGACUAUUCCCGCUUUCAAGAGGGAAUCCUCUCCUUAGCGGCCACCGGUUGCUAUGGAUUUCUCUGAAAAGCUCUCAGAAUAAUAGCGCUUCCCACUGCUGAUGUCAGCCCUCGGAGCUGCCGCAGCCUGUUGCUCGCGAUCAUCAAAUAAGCGCUCCACAUCCCCGGCUUCCCGCUCGCGCGGCGCUGCGAGAGGGGUGGGAGAGAGGAGAGCUUCCAGCGCACUCGCGCUUUCCCUCCGUUUCCGCGGCUGAGCCCUCGGCUCGUAUCCUGCCAAAAAAAACAAAAGAAAAAGAGAAAAAACAAGAAGAAGAAGAAGAAGAAGCUGGCUGCUCAGAUCGACUGGUUUCAUUUGUAGUGCGUAGGUGGGGGUGUGACUAACCGAUAGAGACAGAGGCAGGAGGUGGGCGGGGCCAUCGUGAUGUGACAGCGCCGGAGGCCGGUUACCAUGACGCUGCUGGCGGGAGACGGCUCGGACUACGACUACAGCGCCCUGAGCUGCGCCUCCGACACCUCCCUCAACCCCCCUCCCCCGCUCCAGGAGCGCGAGGCCCUCAAGGGCGUCUUCUACAAGAGGGCCCGGCUCCUCCCCUCAGGCGAGGGGAGGGGCGCCGACCCCGCCCCCAUCCCGCCCCCCUCCUCCCGCCGGCUGCACGCCAUCAUCAACGUGGGCGGGCUGCGGUGCCAGCUGCCCUGGGCCACGCUGGAGGGCUUCCCGCUGACGCGGCUGGGCCGGCUCCGCCCCUGCGCCAGCUUCGACGAGAUCAUGCGCGUGUGCGACGACUACGACGUGGCGCGCAACGAGUUCUUCUUCGACCGCAACCCCUGCGCCUUCCGCGCCAUCCUCACCUUCCUGCGGGCGGGCAAGCUGCGGCUGCUGCGGGAGACCUGCGCGCUGUCCUUCCGCGACGAGCUGCUCUACUGGGGCGUGGCCGAGGAGAGCCUGGAGUGGUGCUGCCGCCGCAAGCUGCUCCAGCGCGUGGAGGAGUUCGAGGAGCUGGACCGGGCCGAGGAGCUGGAGGACGAGGCGGGGGACGGCGACGGGGACGGCGACGGGCCCCGGGAGGGCCCCGACGGGGCCGAGUCGCGCCCGGGCCUCUGCAUGGCCCGGCUCAGGGACAUGGUGGAGAGGCCGCACUCCGGCCUGCCGGGGAAGAUCUUUGCCUGCCUGUCGGUGCUCUUCGUCACCGUCACCGCCGUCAACCUGUCCAUCAGCACCAUGCCGGCCAUGAGGGAGGAGGAGGAGGAGGGCAAGUGCUCCAGGAUGUGCUACAACAUCUUCAUGGUGGAGACGGUGUGCGUGGCCUGGUUCUCCCUGGAGUUCACGCUGCGCUUCAUCCAGGACCGCAGCAAGCUGGCCUUCCUGCGGCAGCCGCUCAACCUGAUCGACGUGCUGGCCAUCCUGCCCUACUACGUCACCCUGCUGGUGGACAGCGCGUCGGGCGAGAAGCGGGUGGGCUCGGGCAGCAGCUACCUGGACAAGGUGGGCCUGGUGCUGCGGGUGCUGCGGGCGCUGCGCAUCCUGUACGUGAUGCGGCUGGCGCGCCACUCGCUGGGCCUGCAGACGCUGGGCCUGACCGCGCGCCGCUGCACGCGCGAGUUCGGCCUGCUCCUCCUCUUCCUGUGCGUGGCCAUCGCCCUCUACUCCCCGCUGCUCUACCUCAUCGAGAGCGAGGCGGCCGGCGGCUCGCGCGACUUCAGCAGCGUCCCCGUCACCUACUGGUGGGCCGUCAUCACCAUGACGACGGUGGGCUACGGGGACAUGGUGCCGCGCAGCGUGCCGGGCCAGGUGGUGGCGCUCAGCAGCAUCCUGAGCGGGAUCCUGCUCAUGGCCUUUCCCGUCACCUCCAUCUUCCACACCUUCUCGCGCUCGUACCUGGAGCUGAAGCAGGAGCAGCAGCGCCUCCUGCAGAGGAGGACUCACUUCCUGCUCCGCAACAGGGUGGCGGGGCUCAGCGGCCUGUCGCUGGAGAGCAACAUGCUGUUCGACAGCGUCUCCUCCUCCGAGGCCGGGGACGGCGAGGACUGACACUUCAGUGGGGCCCACUGGGGGGAGAGGGGCGGGGUCUGCGGGGCAAGGGCCGGCGGAGGCGGGGUCAACUGGGUAUUUGGGUGUGGCCGAUGGGGAGAGGCACUUGGGAACAGGGCCUGUGGGUGAGAGGCUGAUGUUCCUUUGUCAUCCUCAGAGCUCUGGAAUCCAGAGGACUAACAGAGCAGUGCCGAUGGGGCAAGGGGGCGAUGGGGGCGGGUCCAAUGGGACAAUCGGGGCAGUGCCAUUGGGGAGAUGAGGAGACAGGGUCUAGGCCAAUGGGUAGAAACUAAAGGUGUUUUGGCCUUGGAGCCAGGGAAGGGAGAGGACUGGCAGGGGCGGGGCUAAAGGAGAAGGGUAGGAGCUUAUGGUGGUUGGGCGAGGCUUUGGAGCAGCUGAAACUCCUCCCAUUUUCUCUCCAAGUCUGACAGCAUCACAUAACCUUAUAAUCUUCUUCCAGAAAAAGAUCCAGCUCAGCAUUGCAGGCAGACUGUUGAAGCAACAAAUGAAUCACACGGCACUUAAAGCAGAACAUUACACUCAAACACUCAGCAUUGACCCUGUGUCAAAAUAAAUGUAGAAAUAACUAUUUGGUAUUAAAUGUCAAAAGACAACAAAUGACAAAAGUCAACACUGCCAUUAUUCACACUAAAACAUACAUCAUAUCUUACAGUUCCUUGUAUCGUAUGCAAUCAUGUAUGUUUUUUUUUUUUCCAGUUGGGCCAAAUGGAUGUUCUGUAAGAUUCUAUAAGUAGUGUGACUAAUAAAAAAAACUAACUUUAUGAAUGUAUUUGUGCAUUUUGAUGUCUUCCUGUGUAAUCUUUGUCUUGCAAUAUCUCAAUAAAGGUUAUUUCCUUGUGAGUUUCUA